UUGCUUUUGUCCAUCUCUUCUUUUCCUCCUUCUCCGGUCAUUUCUUUGUUUUUGUUCAAAUCUCUCUCUCUGACUUUUUAGUUACCAUUUUGCCCUUCUUCCUCCCUCUUUCACCACUAGAUCCAUCAUCUCCAUUUUAGGGUUUUAAUAUCACAAUUGCUUCUCGAUCCGAUUCUCCUCUUCACCUACCGGGCGUUUUUUCUUUUUAGACAGAAAUCGAUUAAUACCUUUUGACAUUAGUUCGGUUUUCCAUCUAAUUUCAAAUCCACUAACCACUUACAUUGUAAUUUUCGUUGACUUUAAAUCUAGGCGUUUAGAGGAUUAAACAGCAGUUGGAGAAUUUAAUUUUAGGAUUUUUAGUUGGUUUUCCUUUUGUUUUUGUUUAUUUUAGAAAUUUGGGGAUUAGGUGUGGAGAUGUUGGGGGCUGGAUUGCAGUUUACUACGCGUGGUCGUGGAGAAGAUCGAUUUUAUCGUCCGGCCAAGGCUCGUGGGGCUCACCAGAAUCAACACAACGAUCAACUGCGUAGAGCUCAGAGCGAUGUAUCAGCGAGUCAAUCGCCUUUGGUUAAAGAAAGACUUGAAAAACCUGCUGUUUCGGUGGUCGAUAGGGAACCGGAGAACCUAAUUGCUUUGGAUGAAUCUCCCAAAACCGUUUCCGUUCCUGCCUUUGAACCGGUUGUUUCUCCGUUGAGUAAUUUGGAGCGGUUUUUGGAGUCUAUCACACCAUCCGUCCCAGCUCAGUACUUAUCUAAGACUACAAUGCGGGGAUGGAGGACUUGUGAUGUGGAAUUUCAACCAUAUUUUGUACUUGGGGAUCUGUGGGAGUCUUUUAAGGAAUGGAGUGCUUAUGGUGCAGGAGUUCCUGUAAUCUUGAAUGACAGCGAUUCUGUUAUUCAGUAUUAUGUCCCUUAUUUGUCUGGAAUUCAAAUAUAUGGCGAUUCUAUGAAGACACGCGUCAAAUCGAGAAGAGCUGAUGGUUCGGUUUGUGACAGGAGACCAGGCGAGGAUAGUGACAGUGACUUCAGGGAUUCAAGUAGUGAUGGCAGUAGUGAUUGUGAACCUGAAAGAGGAUCGAAGGGCCCCAGGGAUCAGUGGAAUCAUUGUCUUUUAACAAAUGAAAUUCCUCUUAGAAUGGAUAGAUUGUCAUUGAGAGACCACCAUAUUGCCCGUCAAGAGGACUUUUCUAGUGAUGAGGGUGAAUCUAUGAAUUCUCAAGGUUGUUUGCUAUUUGAGUAUCUUGAGCGUGACCCCCCUUAUAGCCGGGAACCAUUAGCUGACAAGAUAGCGGAUCUCACCUUACGUUUCCCUGAGUUGAAGUCGCUAAGAAGUUGUGAUCUGCUAUCAUCAAGCUGGAUUUCUGUGGCAUGGUAUCCAAUUUACAGGAUUCCAACUGGGCCAACAUUGAAGGACCUGGAUGCUUGCUUUCUGACAUACCAUUCUCUUCAUACACCAUUGGGAGGUGCACCAACUGCUCAGGCUCCAGUGGUGACAUAUCCCAGUGAGAUGGAUGGUGUGCCAAAGAUGUCCUUGCCUGUUUUUGGUCUUGCAUCAUACAAGUUCAAGGGGUCUUUGUGGACUCCUAAUGGGGGAUGUGAGCGUCAACUGGCAAAUUCUCUCUUGCAGGCUGCUGACAAUUGGUUGAGACUUGUUCAGGUCAAUCAUCCAGAUUUCCUGUUUUUCCUUCACAGGUGAUACAAAGACAUGAUAGUUAUGGCACUCCACCCAUUCCAUAAGCUAUAAGCUCAUUACCUUUGGUAUAUGCAUGAAAUGUGCGAGUUAAAAUCCCUUAAACUUCUGGAGAUCAAUACGAGAAGUUGAGUCAGGCGCAGUUUUCUUGGUUUAUAUCCGAAAUAAUUUAUAUGGAAGAAAUGAGAAAAAAAAAAAAAAUACAAAAUUGUCACAAGCCCUAGGAAUGGAAGGAAUGUCAAUGAAAUAAGGCUCAAACAAAAAAUGAAUAGUGGAAACAUAGAGUUAGGAUGAGCUGCUGAUGAAGGUUGAACCGAGCCAAGGUGAAGAAGUGGUUUAGCCAAGUGUCAGUGAAACCAAGUCUGUUUUUUUCAAUAUUUAUAUAGUAUUGGCAUGUCGUGAUAAAACAGGCGCUUUUUUUGCUGUCCUGCUGAUCAGUGCUUAGCAUGUAAUAUUUAUUUUGUUUUAACAUUUAUAAGGGGAUUUUGAUAGGAAGGUUGUAUUGUCAAGUUUGCGCCUGCCCCAUGUAUGUAUUUUAAAACUAAUGGUUAUCUGAUGAGAAAUGUGUUUAAAAAUGUUUUUAUA